AGUAGAAUCAUGUGAAAGUGACUCUUGUUUAGCCCCACCCUAUCAGUGACGAUUUCGUCUUUGGAUGUGCUGUCUGGAUCGCCUGGGUUGAAUCACAUCUUGGCGAAUUUAGUUGGCAGCACCAGAUCACGAUAGUGAAAUAUCCACUAGGGAUCGAACAAGCAUGGAUGAAGUGAGUAAUAAAGAAAUCAUUAAGAAAUAUGUAGAUAUUAUUUCACAAGAGAAGUUACCAGUUGGUGAAACAGAGUAUAACGAAUUGGAUCUGAAUAUUGAUGAAAUAAGCUGGAUUGUGUUUAACAUAAAAAAUUUCAACAAAUUAUUUACAAAACCUGGUAUAACUGACAAUCAAAUUUUAGUGAAAUUAUAUGAGCUUAUUGUUGGAUUUGGUUUAACAAACUUUAUAAAAGGAGAGGAAAGAGACUACAGUUCAAGUGAUUUUCCAUAUACUGCUAGCAAUGCUGUGAAGUGUUUUAAGUAUUGUGAUCAUUUACUGCAUUCCUGUAAAGAUCUACUAUUAGAAGUGGAGAGGAAUAAAGCACAGAUAAUCAUCAAAAGCUUGAUUCUUUGUGCUACACAUAGUGAUGUCCAUAUUUGGAGCAGUGAUUAUUCAAAAAAAUCUAGCUUGGAUUUUCUGAAGUCUUUAUUAUCAUUCUCAAACCAUGAUGACUUGCCAAGUUUGUUGUGUGAUGACAGCUUCUAUCCUACAAUUUUCAAAAGAAUUUUAAAAGAAAUACGUCCCUAUUUUGAGAUGGACAAAUGGUACAAAAAUCCAAGUAGUUGUUACAUAUUUUCAUGGUUCUUACUUCAAGUUAAACAUCCGUACUUAGCAGACUAUUUAUGUGAAGUUUUCUCACCACCACAUAUAUUUAUGUUGGACAGUCAUCAAAAAUGUCAUCAUCUUAUUGCCAUACAGUGCUUCAGUCAUAUACUUGAUAAUGUUCCUCCAACUUUGAUAAAAAUUGACAAUAGAGCAGAUGUUAUUUAUUCAUUAUUAAAAGGUUACACGCACAGUUCUGAUGAAGAUAUUAUAGCUGCAUUAGCACCUUGUUUUUUAAAAUUGCCAGAUUUCAAGUACCAGAAGCUGACUCAGAUUUCUUGGAAUCGUUAUGAUGAGUUCUUAAAUGUGCUUCUAAUAAGGGCAGAUAUGGAAUGCAAACUGCAUAUCAAGUUGCUCUACCUUUCUCACAUUCAUUCAUUUAUUCAAAUACUACCACCCUUUAAACACUUAAAGCGUCUAUGGAAAGUGAUUGAAGAUGGUCUCCUGAAAGAUUCUAAUCCUCUCUGUUUGAUAACUACCUUAAAAAUUUUAAAAGAUGUGAUUAGAAGUUGUUGGCCAAGGAUGUCUUACUAUUGCUUUAGAAUAUUAAAAUGUUUAGCUAUUUUUUUGGAAGAUUUUGACGAGCAAAAAUAUACUGAUAAAUGUGAAGUUGAAGUAAUACACAAAUUGUGUGAAGAGUGCUUGUUUCUUUUAAAGUGUGCUUCCAAAGAGGAAUUUGAGGGCAUUGUCACUAAAUACAUUGAAGAUACGAAAGAUGUUGAUGCACUAUGUGUAAAGGUAUUGAAAUCUGUGAUAGAUAAAACUGAAUCUUAAAUAUUUAAUUGUAACCUGUAAAUAAGAACUUAAUUUUAUAAAUAAAUGUUAUGUUCAUAUAUUGUUA